AUGAGUCUUUUUGAUCAGAUUAAGCUUCUACACGAAUCAGAGCUUUACGAUGAUGUCAAAUUGGUGGGGAAUAUUGUUCUUACAAUAUGUGAGCAUAAUCCAGAGUUCAUGUCGAUGCCUAUGAGGUUCCAACUGAUGGUGUACUAUGGAAAUUCUCUCUACCACACAGAGGAAUUUAAAAAAGCAGAGAAUGUGUAUCGCAAGGCACUUCAAACUAAAAAAGUGUUGAACAAAACAAAGUCAACAAAAUGUACAGACCUGCCCUCUGAAGUUGAUGUGAAGUACAAGAUACACCAAUGUCUGUAUAAUCUCAAACAAUACAAAGAAGCUAUCAACAUGUUGGAGGGUAUAAGCAGUAAACAGAGGAGUGCAAGAAUCAACACAGCAUUAGCCAAGCUGUAUCAUAGAAUGGGAAUGGACAGGUCGGCAGUCACAGGAUAUAAAGAGGUUUUAAAAGAAUGUCCCCUAGCUCUUCAAGCAGCAAUUGGUCUCAUGAGUCUUGGAGUGAAAGGUUCAGAAGUUGCCACACUUGUUCUCAAUGCUGUACCUAACAUGGGACAUACAGAUUGGCUGCCUAGUUGGAUCAAGGGUCAUGCAUUUGCAGCAAGCAAGGAUUACAGCAGCGCAAUAUCAUCAUUCAAAAUGUUAGACUCUAAGGCACAGUUACGUGACAGCACUGAUGUACUUUGUAACCUUGGUGAGGCACAUUUCCUGAGUGGAGACUACACAAAUGCCGGCCUUGUCUUACGAAGAGCACAUAGCCUAGACCCUCUCCUGCUAUACAAGAUGGAUCUCUUAGCCUAUCUGCUCUAUAAAGAAAAGAAAACAAAAGAAUUAGAAAGUCUGUCUAGUACACUGAUGCACACAACAGAAUUUGCUCCAGAACCUUGGGUUGCUAUGGGAUACUAUUGCCUAGCAACUAAAAAGGGAACAAGAGCUGUAUACUUUGCCCAGAAGGGCUACAUGAUAGACAAUAAGAACAUAGAGGCAUUACUGCUAAAGGGAAUUGCUCUGUUUGAUAUGAAGAAACUACAGGAGGCCACAGUUCACUUCAGAGAGGCACUCAGGAUUGCUCCUUAUAGAUACGAGGCACAUAAAGGGCUGGUCCAUUGUUAUUUGGCUACAGGUCAUAGGACAAGGGAAGCCAUUUCACUUGCAGGACAAGCUGUUAAAUCUCUGGGCAACAAUGCCAGAUCCCUUACAUUGUAUGCCUCAGUGCUUGCUAAGGAGACUCUAUCUAUUGAGAAGGCUAAGUCUUACCUUGAGAAAGCUAUGAAGCUAGAUAGUACAUACUUAGAAGCAGUAUUCACUAUGGUAGAGAUCCAUCAGAAACAACAGCAAUGGGACAAAGGCAUUGAGUUGUUACGCAAGACAUUACGUACAGAGAGCAACUGUAAACUACACACUCUGCUAGGAGAGUUUCUCCAGCAGACCAAUGAGGUGCAAGAAGCCCUGGAUCAGUUCAGCAUUGCUCUCAGUAUUGACCCAAGCAAUACUGCUGCACGUGAAGGACUUGAACGUGUGGAGAAGCAAAGUGAAAUGGGAAUGGAAAGUUCAUUUGAUGUUGAUGUGGAAGACAUGGAAAAUACAAGUGAUAAUGAUGCUGAUCUAGAGGGCAGUGAUAUGGAGGAUGCCUGGUCAGAUACUGAUCUCACAUAGCCGUUACUCAAGAGAGAACCACUCAAUUAAAUGCUUAUUAUAGGAACACUGGACUGUAAAUAUGUGUAUGUCAUCACAAGAAAUCCAUAAAGACAGACAUUUAACAAUAUUGGUGUUGUAGAUUAUUGGUCUGAUCCAAUUUUUGCAUAGACUCGAGACCAUUCUUUGAUUGGUUGUUAAAAUAAUCAUAGGGAGCCCAUUUUAUAGUUGACAGGAUUAUACGUACAUCACUUAUUUGAUCACGAAACAAAAUAUAAUUGGAUCUUGCAGUGGGAAGUUCUCUAUUAUGAUCUGUAAUCUGUUAUGUUUGUUAGACUUAUUUUAUGUCAAAUAGCUGUUUCAUUAUAGAAGUUGCAUAAAGUGAAACAGAAGAGAAAGGUGGAUUAGUUUAUUAGGGCUCCCUUAAAAAAACAAUCAGAUUUUGACUUAGACAGCAAGCCCCUGAAUUCAACAAGAUGAUGUCUUAUCAAAUGGUGAAUUUAUAAAAGAAAAUAGACAUUGCUGAUUAGAAUACAAUAAAUAUGAACAUUGGCGCUAUCUAACUAUAAAUAUGGAUAAAUGAGGACGAAAAUUUGAAAUCUCAUUGAAAAU